UGUAUGCCUCCAGAUAGGCUGCAAUAUGCAGAGCUCAAGGAGAGUUUCAGCAAAAUGGAAAGCUUUCCUGUUGGAACCACGGUGUCGUAUGUCUGCCGGCCAGGGUAUAUAGGAAUCCCCGGAAAAUCAUUAACUCGUACGUGUGGUGAAGACUUACAGUGGUCACUCACAGAGCAGUUCUGUACAGAGAGAAAAUGUAACCAUCCAGGAGAACUAGAACAUGGUUUUGUUAACGUGACAGAUCUUACAUUCGGUUCAAAAGCUACUUUUUCUUGUGAAGGAGGAUUCAGAUUACGUGGAACUGAUGAAAUUUCCUGUGUAAUUAAGAAUAAAGGUGUUGACUGGAAUAGAGAUCUUCCUCUCUGUGAAAGAAUUCCUUGUGAACCACCUCCACGCAUAGCCAAUGGGCACUACACUGAAGCAGCUAGCUAUGUUUAUCAAACAGCAGUGACCUAUACGUGUGAUCGUGUACCAAAAGGCGCGGAUCCCUUCUCGCUGAUUGGCCCAGAUACUAUUUUCUGCACAUACGAUGCACAGUCAAAUGGAGUUUGGAGUGAACCACCUCCACAGUGUAGAGUGGUCAAAUGUGAUAACCCAAAAGUUGAAAAUGGAAAAAAAAUAACUGGAUUUGGACCUUCCUAUAGCUAUAAGGACUCAGUCAUGUUUGAGUGUGAUCCAGGCUAUUUCAUGAUCGGACCGGCGGUAAUUACUUGUGGAGAAGAUAACACCUGGUCUCCAAAACCAACUUGUGAAAAAAUUACUGAAGGUGUAUGUGGUGCCCCAAAGAUCACACACGGAGGAGCGAUUCCAGUGAAAUCUGUAUAUGAAGAAGGAGAGUCUGUUCAGAUAAAGUGCGAUGCUCACUGUACUUUUCCUAAUGGUGCUGAAGAGUUGACAGUAACUUGUCAAGGACAGAAUACAUGGAGUUCUUUACAAAACUGUAUAUGUCGGCCUAAAAGUUCCAGUUUCACUCCAGACAUAAAUUAUGGUAGAGUAAUUGAUGGACAAAAACCUUCAUAUUCUGUCGGGGAUUUUAUUACGAUUGAAUGUUAUGCAGGCUACACAUUGCACGGUGAAGCUCGUAUUCAGUACAUUGGAGAAAACCGAUGGGUUCCUGGAGUGCCAACUUGCCGGUUAAGUGCGUAUAUUACGGCCAUCAUCUGUGUGAUUGUGGCAAUUGUGGUGUUCCUGGCAGCCUUCUGGGUCUAUAAGAAAUUCUUUUCACAAAAUGGCUCGUAUACAGUUGAUGAGAGUUGCAAGGAAGCAUGUAUUUUAAAAACUAAUGUACCAGCUGAGAUGGAAGAAACUGCACAAAUGAAUUAAUUGAAUCUUAAAAAGGAAACGUGACAGCACUCCGCAUACUGCCGAAUAUAAGAUCUGUAAAGCAUGAAUGACCUUUUUUGGGGGUGGGAGGGAGUUUGCAGUUGAAUAUACCUGUCAGAAAUGGAAAAUGAUUGCACUUGCAUUGAGUUUCUGUAGAUGAAUAUCUUGUACUAUGUCUUAUACUACUGAUUAACUGUAGUAGGAGAUCAUUAAUAGGGUAAAAAGAAUAUAUAUCUAUAUAUCUGCUUUUCCUUAUGGGCCACUCAUUGUCUUUUCUGUGUAUGUGAAAUGGUCUUAAAGGCACAUACCUGUAGCAUGCAAGGAGUGUCUGUGUCGGCGGGAGUACUGGAUGUAUCACUGUCGUAGUACCAGCUGCUGCUGCCUGCUGCCUUCGGUGCUACCUAUUUUCUUACAGAAGACUAUCCAAUAUUAGUUCUGCUCACUAAAGUCCGAAUGUGCUUCUCGUUCAUUUUUGCGGUUGAGGCAGUAUAAAUGAUUAUGUUGUCUCUUGUAUUCUGAAAUGUUUUGUUAUUAAUUUCCUUAAGAGAUUGGUGCCACUUAAGGCUAUGUCUUUUUGAAACUAUCACAGUUUAGAUCUUAUAUACACUACCUCUUUGUUUGCCAAAGUUGGUUUCUGUAUAUCUAAUUAAUUAAAAUGUGCCUUUAAAUCAGAGUUUUAUAGCUUUUCCAUUGCCUUUAAGAAGGAAGAAAGCCAUAUAUAUUCCUGGCUCUUUAAUACAGUCCCAGAAAGACUACAGUGGAUUUCUUGGAAUGGAAAACAGAAGGUUUCUAUAGCAAAGGUACCCCCUGCCUUUGAAUUCGUUGGCCUAGUGACAGAAGGUACCUAAUUAAAGGAACUGCUGAGGAAUCGGUGGUAGCCAUCUCCUAUCAGGAGCACAGUACAAGUUCCUUAGGACCUUUGAUUUUUCUUGAGCCUUGAUGUCAGUUUCGGAGAUAAUUUUGUUGCUGUUCAGGAUAGAAGGGGCGCUGUAUGGAUCUAGCUUCCUUGCUUUUUUUUUUUUAACUUGGAAUCAUAUAUUCCACAUACAGCAUUUCAAAUCUCUGUAUACAGACUACGAUGCUAAAUCUAGCUCUGUAAUGCUAGAUUUAGCAUCAGAUAUCUGUUGAGAAACAGAAGCCUUUCCCUGUCUGACUCCCUUCUCUUUUCAUGUUAAAGGAA